UGCUGGAAAUGGCCCAACUCGAUUAUCAUACACAUUGUAAGGAGAGUGAUCACUUUAGAUAAGCUAUUACCAGCAGGAGAGUGGGGUGGGGGGAGAGAAAACCUUUUGUAGUGGUAAACACCCAUUUUUUCAUGGUUUGUAUGUAUAAGAACAUCUUCUGUAUUUUCCACAGUAUGCAUCCGAUGAAGUGAGCUGUAGCUCACAAAAGCUUAUGCUCAAAUAAAUGGGUUAGUCUCUAAGGUGCCACAAGUCCUCCUUUUCUUUCUGAAGAUCUUUACUCCCAUCCCUCCUCAACUCAUCUUUGACACUAGGAUCACAGUCUUACAUUUAUGCUUGCAUGCAGUGGGGAAGGAUCUCGCCUGUGCAUUUUUCUGGUAAUAAAAGAUUAUGGUAUCAGGUUGCCUGCUAGGAAUCUUGCAACUAAGGAAAGGAGGAAAUUAGCCCCAUCUUAGAAACCUGUCUCCCAGCGCGCUCAUGUCUGCUGCCAAGACCAAGCAUGUGGGUUAGUGCUGACCUGGCUGGCACUGAUUUUGCAAUGUUUGGUUCUUAAACUACACUGUACAGGUAAUUCCACUCUGCAUUCUGUCUGCUGUUAAAAUGUUUGUGAAUAUGGUACUGUGGGGUUCCUUGUUUUUUGUGUCUUAUUGAUACCAGAUCUAAAUGGUCUCAACUGCCUGCUUUGCAAGCUGAGAGGUGUGCUCUCUGGCUUAUACAUGCCCAUCGUCCGAAGCCCAAUAUCCCCUUCUCUUUCACGGCAGCUGUUGCACUUCAGUUUGCUUCUGCAGCAUGGAGUUUUAUCAACAACUAGUGCUCCCCUUCACCUGCUCGGAGAUUGAGAAUCAUUCUUCUGUAAGCGUCUCAGCUCCCACCAGUCCAAUAUCAUUUUGUUAACUGUGGCAGGACUGCUGGCGACAGUUGCUCUUCCAUUUUGACACCAUAGAGCAUUCUUGUUCUUCCCAUGAGACCAGGGUAAAUAGCUGGCUCUGCUUGUCCGCUACAGCACACUUGCCACCCAGCCCUUUGACUGCAUGUGAGAGAUGGCAAAUGCCGAAGUGAGUGUCCCUGUGGGGGAUGUGGUGGUUGUACCAAGUGAAGGAAAUGAAGGGGAGAACCCGGAAGAUACCAAAACCCAAGUGAUAUUACAGCUACAGCCAGUGCAGCAAGGUUUGUUUAUCGAUGGACACUUUUACAACAGGAUUUACGAAGAGGGCUCUGAGACCAGUGCCGCUGUGGUGGCUGUAGAAACACAUACCAUACACAAACUAGAAGAAGGGAUUGACCCCAGCACCAUUGAAACCAACGAUGAAAUUGAGAUUGCCUACCCCAUCACCUGUGGGGAGAGCAAAGCCAUCCUUCUCUGGAAGAAGUUUGUCUGUCCAGGAAUUAACGUCAAGUGCGUCAAGUUUAAUGACCAGUUGAUCAGCCCUAAGCACUUUGUUCACUUGGCUGGCAAGUCUACCCUGAAGGACUGGAAGAGAGCCAUUCGCCUUGGAGGAAUCAUGUUGAGGAAGAUGAUGGACUCUGGGCAAAUCGACUUCUACCAGCAUGACAAGGUUUGCACCAACACCUGUCGAAGCACCAAAUUUGAUCUCCUGAUCAGCAGUGCCAGAGCACCGGUGCCGGGGCAACAAACAAGUGUGGUGCAGACUCCCACAUCAGCUGAUGGGAGCAUCACCCAAAUUGCAUUGUCCGAGGAGAGCAUGGAGGAGGGGAUUGAAUGGAACUCUGCUCUGACGGCUGCUGUCACCAUGGCCACUGAGGAGGGCAUCAAGAAGGACACAGAGGAGAUUUCGGAGGACACGCUGAUGUUCUGGAAAGGAAUAGCCGACGUGGGGCUGAUGGAAGAGGUCGUCUGCAACAUCCAGAAAGAAAUAGAAGAGGUGCUGAAAGGUGUCCAGCAGAGGCUCGGCCAAUCUCCCUUCCAGAUCACAGAUGCUGCAGUCCUGAAUAAUGUGGCCCACACUUUUGGCCUGAUGGACACAGUCAAGAAAGUUUUGGACAACAGGAAAAGCCAAACAGAGCAGGGAGAAGAGCAGUUUCUUUAUACUUUAGCAGACCUGGAACGCCAGCUGGAGGAGCAGAAGAAGCUCGCCAGGGAUCAGAAGAUGAAGUCUCAGACGAUCCAGAACGUGGUGCUGAUGCCAGUCAGUGCUCCGAAACCCCCUAAGAGACCUCGUCUGCAGCGCCCGGCCUCAGCCACAGUCUUGAGUCCCUCCACCCCUGUCCAGCAGCCUCAGUUCACAGUCAUCUCACCCAUUGCCAUCGCACCUAUGGGACAGCAAUUCUCAGUGGGCAACAUUCCGGUGGCAACCAUCAGCCAGGGAUCCAGCCCAGUGACUCUCCACACCUUGCCAUCCUCACAGCUCUUCCGAUAUGCCACCGUGGUGUCUUCCUCCAAGUCCAGUUCAUCUGACACUGUGACCCUUCAUCCGUCCUCCAGCUUGGCCCUGCUGAGCUCAGCCGCUAUGCAGGACAGCAGUGGCCUGGCUAAUGUGGCCGCAGUGGUGAACCCUGUGGAACUGGUGGCCAUGGAGUCUGGCCUGACGUCUACCAUCCAAGCUGUUGAGGGCACCUCAGAAGACGGACAGACCAUCAUAGAGAUAGACCCAGCACCAGAUCCUGAAGCAGAGGCUGAGGAAUCGGAGGGCAAAGCUGUGAUUCUGGAAACUGAGCUGAGGACAGAGGAGAAAAUGGUGGCAGAUGUUGAGGACCAUCAGCAUCAGGUGCACAAUGUAGAGAUCGUUGUCUUGGAGGAUUAGCAAGGAAGGCAAAUCUCAUUGGUGGGAUGGGUUGUUGGGUUUUGUUUUUUUUUCUUGGUUAAACUUUUUCAUUUUGACAGUCAUCCUGUUCGUUGCCAUGGAUCUUUUUCAUUUUUACAGUCCAAAAAUGGAAGAAGAUGGAGAAACACGGAGAGGCCCAAGAAAAGGCUCCAUCUCAUGGAGUGAUGGACAAAAUCAACCGUUUCUGCAGGGAGGAAGGAGAAGUGAUUCUGCAGACCAGAAGGGGAGAGCCCCUCUCCUUCCUGAGAGUGCUCAGUGAUACAGCCCAUAUUCUCGUUUUUGCCCAGGCCUGAUCAUUGCUAGGACUGUUUUAGUUGAGAGAGACUCUCUGGCCAGUAACUGGAGCAUUGAUCUUACUGCUGGAAGGGGUUGAUGGUUGCUUUGGGGGAAACAGGUACCUCAUUUUUAUUUUUUCCCAGGGAAGGGAAUUCUGUCCAACUCCUCAUUAUCAACUAUGCUGGUAUUUUGCUUUUGGCAAGGAAGCAGCAACCCUGACUGAGUGUUCAUUGUCCCCUUUCCCACACCCUGUGGUUUUUUUGUUUCUUCUGUUUUUUUGCUUUGCUCUCCCUUUCCCUUUCCAGAUCUGCUGGCUGCUAAAGUGCUUAAGCUGCUUUUGGGUUCUGUCACCCAAAUCCUGCUUCUUCCCUUCCUGGCCUUCUCCCUCCCAGGCCUUGUAAGUUUCUUUGCCGCAGGACACUGUUACAAGACACUGAUCACUUAAGCCUGGUGCAUAAAGGAGAAGAAUCAACCCAUUGGUAAAAACACAGCCCUCCCUUUAGCAUAGCGCUGACCUCCUGGAUGUAUAAAGCGUGUGUUGUGCUGUUGCUUCCUGGGAGAGCUGGACUCCAUGGGGCAGGAGCCCCAUCUGUUUAUGCCGCACGCUGGAAACUGUACUUGCUAGUUGCUACAUGUUGGUGUGUGAGUUUUUUUUUCCCUUAAUCUAUUUGCAGGAUUAGAACUGGCAUAUUAUUUUAGCAUUGUGACUGCCUCAGCAUCCCCCUUCCCCCCACCACUUCGGGGGGGCUCUUUUUGUUUCUUUGUGGAGAGAGGAAGGGAAGGAGGGAAUCUAUUUUUAAUUCAGCUGUUGAAUUGUGGGGAAUUGGGAGGGCUGGGGGAAAUCUGCUUGGUUGAAAUAUAUUAAGCAAAACAGUAACAACAGAAAUAGACCCGGAGGGGGAGGGAAAGGAGGAGGUGUGUGGUUAUUUUAUUUUAUUUUUUAAUUUUUUUUUUUUUUUUGCAUUAAAAGGAAAAAUCUAAAUGCAUCUAGAUUAUUAAUGGAAAGGACUACAAUGAAUUUGUUGUUUGUAUUUUAAUAGCACCUCAAUCCAGAUUGGGGCCCUGUUUUGCAAGGCACUGCACCAGCACAUAGGAAAUAGUCCAUGACGUGUAGCACUUACACUGUAAACAAAGGAUGAGAGAAAGGAAAUAUUAUUUAUUAGAGACAGACAUUAAAGGCCUGAUUUUUCCAC